CUUGAGGUUGACGGACAAGUUCAACCCUGAAACUAUGAAACUGAAAUUAUUGGACGUUAAAUCGUCGGUGUUGCGGGAAUUUCCCAUGUGACGGUACUUCAGAUGGAGGCCUUAAGACUUUCGGAGUCUGAGAUUAAUUUUUAUUUUAAUGCUUUUGAUGAUUGUGAUGUUGACAAAAGUGGGAAACUAACAUGUGAAUGCGUCAAGGCAUUUCUAUCACGUUCCGGACUCCCAAGUGUCGUGAUUAAUGAUGUAAAUGUGUUGAAGUCUUAUAGAAACAUUUAGAUUAUGCAACUGUCAGAUCCUUCUGCUUCAGAGUUAUGGGGAAGAGUCAGUUUUUUUACGGCCUUGAAGUUCAUUGCACUAGCUCAAUGUGGUCUGCCGGUUUCCAGGACUGAGUUAAUGAGAAACAGGGAAAACCUUCCUUUACCUGUAUUCAAUGAAGGUUUAAAGUCUCGCGAGGAGGAUAAAAUUGGUGAUGGUAACCAUGCUUGUGGUUUAACUGUAUGUUGAAAUACCUGCCUUCACUUCAAACAACUUAAGAUUUCCGAAAACAGUAGUCUCAGCUCGCAUAAACAAUAUAGCAGUUUCACUUGUCAUGGUGUGUUUUCCGAGAGUCAGGCAAGCGUACCCCAUGACGAUGUGACUAUUGAUGAGACGGAUUUUCAUUUUGCUUGGCCAAAAUGCUAUGGUGAAGAAGAAGGACUUCUUAAUGAUGAAUCCACUAAGCAACCUGAUAAUUUCGCUUCUUUUGACAAUGAUAAAAAAUAUUUUCGAAGUUCUGACUGGUUUACUUUAGAUGGUUCAAUACGUAAAAGUGCUGACUGCUCUUCAUCGUCCAGAUCUUCUAGCACUAUUACAUCUCAAGAUUCUAACUCAUCCAAUCAUCUUGCUAAUCCUAUGAGCUUUUCAGCCGAGGGUAAUGAAGAAACUGAGAAGUUGCAUGAUGCUGAUGUUUGGGGUUAUCAAGAUUUAUCCGACUGUCAUUCUUCUGAUCCACUGAAGAAAAUCAAACACAGAAUAGGAUCUACUUACCACUCUUCACAGAAUAGUGAUUUUCGUUAUUCAAUUCCUAAGGAUAAUGAUCAUUUAUCAAUGAAUAAUUUACAAAUAAAUGAAGUUUGUAGUUGGAGGUUGUCACACAGUCGUAGUUCUUCAUUUCCACUUUCUCAGUACAAUGGCAGUUAUUAUAAUCGAAGUGAAAAACGCAAAGAACGGCGACGUAAAUGGUUGGAAUCAUUUGCUUUACAGUCAAAACGCGAAUCUGAAUAUGCAUCACAAUUUGAUGAAUUAUUUAUAUCUAAAGAUACUGCUAGUAGUAAACAGCAUUUAAUGGUAACACAUGCGGAAGUCACUCAGUUGUUUACAGCUCAGUAUAAAAUCUCACCAGCUGAUUUUGAUCAAAUAUGGUUUAUUGCCGAUAUAAACAGGGACAAUUAUUUAGACAAGUAUGAAUUUUGUUUAGCUAGUCAUCUAGCGCAUUUAUUCGGUCGUCGUGAUUUGUCAUUGGAAGACGCUGUUAUAGCAUGCAAACCAUAUAUUCGUAAGAUCAAUAAGAGAUUAGCACAAACUCAAACAUAUGGUAAUCAUUCUGACUAUUUUGACGAUGAACACUUAUGCACUACUGGUUUACUAACUAAUAAUAAAAAACAGUAUUCCGCACUUGAUCACUUUGGUCAGAAAAAUCUAAGUGUGUCUGAAUGCUUUUCUCAUUCAGCUAAUAUGGAUUCUAAAUGUGAUGCUUCUGAGACAGAAUCUACAAACUCUUUUUAUAAUUCAUUCGAAAAUUUGUCACAUGUUCCUACAAAAGGCUGUGAAAGUUCGGCUAGAUCGCCCUCUUCUGCUGGUACUGUUGGUAGUGGAUCCGCCUCAUCCUCUUCAUCAUCCUCUGCUUCACUUUCAUCAAACUCAUCUUCACAUUCAUCUACUUCAGAGAGCGAUUCUAGUCGAUUCGCUCAAAAUACUGUGGAUUCAGUGCAUAUGUCUAGUGAAAAAACCAGCACACAUAAUACCUAUACUGAUCCUAUUCGCUUGUUAUCAUCCAUCACUGGUCGUCGAACAGCAUUCCUAUCUGAAUUACCUAGUAGUCAUCGACGUCGUCUCCUAUCUUCACUUAUCCGUGAAGCCAAAUCUGUGAAUCAUACCUUACUUCGCCUGAACAAUGAAAUGCAAUGUGAGCUUGCUGAAUUGAAUGAUCAGCGAGUUAAUUUAAGUGCACAACUUCAGCACUUAGGACUUCAACCAGUACUUUGAGAAAAUGCUUUUCUCUUUACAAAUUCUUAACUAUAAAUAUGAUUUUUUUUAAAAAAGCUUAAGGCUACAAGAACUUUCACAGAUUGAAUACUACAUUUGUCUUUAUACAAAAUCUAAGUUUGCAUUGCGAACAACUUUUCUUUGAUAUUUCUGAUUUUUUGUCGUCUCUAUUGAAAAAAAUAUGUGAUACAUGUAUUAUCUGAUUUCACCUUUUUCGGACUUAAUAAAAUUUUCCCCCUUGAUGAACGUCAAGAAAACAAGAAAAACAAAGUGAGCGGGAUAACCUAAUGUUUGAUUUUGUCGAGUUUCUUCUCAAUUGCAUGCAAUUUAAUGUCAAUAUACGCAGUAUUCACAUACUCAAGUUGCUGAACAUUAAAAUCAAAGCCAUUAUGUAAUUACACAAUUGAGUAGUCUACCUGAGAGAUAAAGGUUGUUCUUAGGCUUAUUUAGGAUAAAAUUCCCACAAUGAAAUGAGGUUUUAAGCUGAUAUCACAUGUUGUGUAAAUGUUAAGUAAUUAAGGUGAGCAGAGGUCGAAAGUUCAUUAAGAGUUAUGGAAAAUACCAAAAUUAGAAGUAUGAAAUUGUUACCAAACCAAACUAAGUAAAAUAAUGCAAAAUGUAGUCACCAUGAAAGAGCGAGGAUCUUCCCG